AAUGCAAACAUUCAAAGUGCAUCCGUUAAUGCCAUUACAGUUCUUAUGCGUGCCAAAAUAAAACUUCCGAUGAAUUUAAACAAUAUUCGUGUCCCAGGGGCAGAUUUGAGCAAUGGAGUUUUUAAUAAUUCACAACUAGUAAGAGCUAAUUUAAACAAUGUAAAUUUUCAAAAUGCAAAACUUCGAAAUGUGAAUCUCGAGGGUGCGUCCCUUCAAAAUGUGAAUCUCAAGGGUGCAGAUCUCACUGGUGCAAAUCUUCGGUAUUCAAAUCUUCAAGGUGCUGAUUUUCAUGAAUCUUAUCUCAAAAAUGUAAAUUUUGAAGGC